AUGGUUCCAAGUUUUAUACAAGAAGAAACAACCGGUAAGAACAUUUCAGCAUCUAGUUAUUGGGUUCCAAAUAUAGAUAACGGGUUUCAAAACGAACGAUGCCCAUCGGAAACAUUACCUAUCCGUCGGACAAAGAAACAAGAUUUAGUCAACGCACGCUAUCUCUUACAGAAGAAGAUCAAUCCAAACCGUACAAACAAUUAUGGUUCAACUUCUUCGCCUAAGGAUUAUCAUUUUGUCUCUGUUGAAGAACUUAGCCAGGGAAAAGCAUACUAUGGAGCCGCAGCUCUUAUAAGUGCACAUAAGCUUGAAUUAAACUUGAAACAAUUUAGCACCGCACAAGCAUAUCCUGCAAUCUUCGAGGAUAACUACAGUCGACUAAUGGGUUAUUGGACGGUGGAUUGUGGUAAACAACCAGGUUGUUUCAAUGUACUUUGUUAUGGCUUCGUUCAAGUUCAUGAGCAGGUAUUUCUUGGUUCAGUAUUAGGACAAACAUCAACCUACGGAAAACAUGCAUUCGACCUACCUGCUAGGGUAUAUCGAGAUUCGACAACCGGUAACUGGUGGUUGAUGUUUAACGUUAUAAUAGGAUAUUGGCCAGCAGAAAUCUUUACGCAUUUGGCAGACAAUGCUUCGGUUGUACGAUAUGGAGGUAUAGCAGGUGCAGAACCUCAGACAGAGACACCACCUAUGGGAAAUGGAUAUUUACCUCAACUUCAGGAUUAUACGAAGACAUCAUUUAUAAGGAAAAUGAAAUAUAUCGACGAUAAAGGACAACUUGCGAACAUAAACCCAGACAGAGUACAAUCUAAGCAUGAUGCAAACUUGGAUUGUUAUAAUAUUUUGUUCGUUGGUAAUUUAGGAGGCGAUUGGGAAAUGGCUAUGACAUAUGGAGGACCUGGUGGUAUGUGUAGCUAG